CACCAUCAUAAGACACACUCCAGCAAUAGAAGACAUAAAGUCCUUCAUCGAAUGCUUCACGUCACAAUUAGAAGGCCAGCUGUUAGUAGCAGAGUCAAUCAACGAUCAGUUAUUACUGAUGAGAAGCAGCUCUAACCUAAUCGAUAUUGAGAUGCUCCAAGGACUAACGGAGCACCUCCAGCUACCCGAGGGAAGGGAAAUCAUUAGUGAGUACCAAGAAGAUAUGAUGAAGUAUGCUAGUAGUCUCCCGGUACAACUUUGCACAGCUGAGAGUCUUAACACAAUUCUGAUGCCUCCGCCUCUUAAAUGUGAGAGUGCUACGUUUGCUUUUAAGUGGGACCCAGAGCAGAAGAAGCUAAAAGAUGCUGUGGAUAUAGUUUCAAAAUCGACUGGGAAACUCAUGAAGGUUUAUAAUCUUGAGAUGUCCGGCGAUGAGGUUCACGUCAAUUGCGUGUUUCUUUACACAUUGAUGGGGGCAGCCAUAGCCACUGUACAUGAUAAUAUUGAAGCUCUUAUUAGUGAUGGGAUUGUAAAAGUGACCAUCGGGUACCUGACCGUGUGGAAGAAACAAGUUCAUGAUAUCCUGACUAAAGAGAGAGAGGAGCCACAACCAUCAGAAGCAACUCAAGAAGAGGGCCAGGACACUAGCAGUGCAUCCCUUGAUGAUGAAGAUAGACCAAAAACGACUGCUGAGUUAGAGGACAUAGUGGAAAAACUGUCUGAUACUUUAAAAGAUAAGGAACAGGAAGUGGAAGAGUUGGCUGAUAUAUUGCAAAAGAUAAAAGAGGGCACCCCAUUGGAGAGGAAAGUCUCAGAAUUAAAGUUAUACUUGAAGCAAGAGAGAGAGAAAGAAAAGAGUUUGAGGGAUGAAAUAAAAGAAAUGGAGGAAGCACUGAAGGAUCCUGAAGCGUACGAAAAGAAAAGGUUGACUAACGAAUUGGAACGUCUGAAACGAGAGAAAAAGCAGAAAGAAGACAAAUUGUUGGAGGAUGGUAAGAAAGAGAUAUCGGUAUUGAAAGAGAAGCUGAAAGAACUUGAGAAAGAGCUAGCAGAGAAAGAGGAGGAGAACAAGAGCUUGACUGAAAACUUGAAAGCUCUCCAGUCUCAGUUGACAGAGACAAAGGCCAGUGAGGCUGAUGAUCCUCCUCAACCAAUAGAAGAACCAACAAUACCAACUUCUCCUUCAUAAGUGUGACACUACCUAACCCCUUCCUUAUACAUUAUUUUUAUUUUUUAUCAUGCACAUAGAAACUCUUGAAUAGUUUGCUUUUUGUAUCUUUUUUAUUAUACAUAA